UUGCAUUCAUCACUCCCUUCAACCACUCUAAAGCGAAACAUUCUCGGCGGAGCCAAAGUAGGGUAACUCACAGACACCGCAAAGACGAUGUCGUUGAAGUCAGUGUUCGACGCCGGAGAAAUCAGAGCGGAAUUCGAAAAGGCCGGCAUAAACCCUAGCUUCAUCCCCCUCAUAUGGAAGCGCGUGAUCGCCUCCAACACCGCCAUCGAAUGGGACCAAAUCCCAUCCCUACCCUCCGCCGCCUACCCUCUCCUCCACUCCAGAUUCAAACCCCUCACCUCCUCUCUCCACUCCCUCCUCCACUCCUCCGACCUCCUCACAUCCAAGCUCCUCAUCAAGCUGAAGAAUGGGUCACUUGUGGAGGCCGUGAUCAUGAAGUACGACACGCGUUUGGGGACGUACAACGGCAAGCCCCGCCAGGGCGGGCCCAGGUCGACCCUGUGCGUUUCGUCCCAGGUGGGUUGCAAAAUGGGCUGCAAGUUCUGCGCCACGGGGACCAUGGGUUUUAAGUCCAAUCUCUCAUCCGGAGAGAUCGUCGAGCAGUUGGUUCUCGCUUCUCGUGUCUCGCCUAUACGCAAUGUCGUUUUCAUGGGAAUGGGGGAACCGUUGAAUAACUAUACGGCGUUGGUAGAAGCAAUUCGUGUGAUGACAGGACCGCCGUUUCAUUUGUCGCCGAAGAGAAUUACGGUCUCUACGGUUGGGAUCAUUCAUGCUAUCAACAAGCUUCAUAAUGAUCUGCCAGGUUUGAACUUGGCAGUUUCUCUGCACGCACCAGUUCAAGAUAUUCGUUGUCAAAUAAUGCCUGCAGCUCGGGCUUUUCCCUUGGAAAAGCUUAUGGAUACGCUGAAAGAAUACCAAAAGAACAGUCAGCAAACAAUUUUUAUCGAGUACAUUAUGCUUGAUGGGGUGAAUGAUGAAGAGCAGCAUGUCCACCAGCUUGGCAAGUUGCUAGAGACAUUUCAAGUGGUUGUGAACUUAAUACCUUUCAAUCCAAUUGGUACUUUGAGUCAAUUCAAAACUAGUUGCGACCAGCGGGUAUCAAGAUUUCAGAAAAUUCUCAGGGGUACCUAUAACAUCCGAACAACAGUCCGUAAGCAAAUGGGUCAGGAUAUAAGUGGUGCAUGUGGUCAGCUGGUGGUUAACCAACCUGAUAAGAGGUCUAUUGAGAAUGCAAGUCUCUUAACUGACAUUGAAGAUCUUCAUCUUUGAUGUAGCCAAAAUCAUUUCAGGCUUGACAAUAGACCGAAAAUUUAGCCGCCAUGACCGCUACACAUGGUGGAGUCCUUCGAUGGACGAUUGCAGAAGAUCGAUCAUCUUUAGCCAAGCAUGUUUUAAAUGGUGUUGGUGAUUCUCUGUCAUUUGCAGACAGGCUCGGUGGUGUUAAGAAAUUCAAAAUGGUUCAUGAAUUAACUUUGAGGUUGAAGGGUUUCCUGUCAAUUUCUGAUUGGGCAGCGUGGCUUCUCAAAAGUGGGUUAUAUAUAACAAGCUCUUGAAUUCACCGCAGCCCAACCUCAUCUUUACUUGCAUUUGGAUUCAUAAGAAUUCCGUUAUUUGCCUUUUGUAAAUUUUGUGUGCGUUUAGUAGAUUCUAAGAGCUUUAAAUAUUAGAGAGAGAGAGAGAGAGAGAGAGAGAGAGAGAGAGAGAGAGAGAGAGAAAAGAACAUAUGAGAAAGAAAGAAAAUGUCUUAAAGUGUUGCUGCGGCCGAGAAAAUCAUUUUCAAUCGAAAAACAAAUUCGGAAAAAUUAGUGGUUUGUUGUUUGAA